AUGUUUGAUCGAUCAAAGUCAAGUAGCACCUCGAGCUUUAAAGAUGCUUUCAAACGAGCCUCCACAUCAUUGCGACCUGAGCCUUUGAAUGAUAAACGAGCGAUUGAAAGUAUACAGCAUUACCAAGAUAUCCUUACACCUAUAUUGAUUGACACUUAUCAAGGCUCCCAACUGAAACACAAGCAAGUGGGAGAAGCAAGCAAAAUAGUUGCUCCAAUUGCUAUCAAGCAUGCGUUGGAUAUACCUUUGGAAUCGAUACUCAAUUUAUACGUACGACCUGGGGAGCCCCAUUUUGUAAUGUGGUUCCUAAUAUCUUCGUAUUUCCCUUUGUCGGCUGCUUGUCUUGGCCCAUUAUCGAAUAUGAUUUCGAUCAUUGCUUUAAUUGAACACUGGAGAGUUGAUACAGUAACAGGGUACUACCACCCAGAUCCGAAAAAAGUAGUUAUACUAAACGCAUUGUCAUUGGCUUUGGGACUUAUAGGGAACAUAUCUUUGUUGAUGAACUUCUCGCGGUCUGUCAAGUACUUGAUCACUCAGUGUAUAUCGAUAUUCUCAUGGUUUUGUGCAUGCAUGCUCCUUGUUGCCGGGAUUUUGAUUACCAACUAUGAGGCCUUGGACGAAUUUUCCAACACUCAGCGUUCUGAGGGUUUUUACUUUGCGUGUUUCACAGCGGCUUACUAUUUCCUAUGCAUGCUGAUAUUAUUGAUCAACUUUGCUGGAUAUAGGUUAAACAAAUACCCACCCACAUUCAACUUGGAUCAGAAGCAACGGACAUUAAUGGUUUACACCAUCAUGUUUAGUACUUGGAGUAUUGCUGGUGCGGUGGCAUUGGCACAUUUGAUCAAGGGUAUUUCGUAUGGAUCGGCCUUGUAUUACUGCAUUGUAUCGAUUCUCACUAUUGGAUUGGGCGAUAUAACGCCCAAAUCAUCGGGAGCAAAAGUUGUCGUGUUAAUAUUUUCCUUAGUUGGAGUUCUUAUCAUGGGUUUAAUCGUUGCUACUUUGCGAUCAGUGAUAUUAUCCUCGGCAGCUCCUGCGGUAUUUUGGAACGACACUGAAAUAAAACGAAGGAAGUAUAUUGCCAAGCUGAUACAAAUGAAUAAAGAAAUUACUCCUGAACAAGCAUUUCAUAAAAUAAGACAGAUUCGUAACCAAGUAAAGACGAUCCGGACAAAUAUCGGGUUGUUGAUGACUGUCUUGAUAUUUCUUGCAUUCUGGCUAGUAGGUGGAAUGAUUUUUCAUUUUAUUGAAGGAUGGACUUAUUUCCACUCCAUUUAUUUUUGCUUCCUUUGUUUAUUGACGAUUGGGUACGGUGACUAUGCACCCACAACUAGUCUUGGACGCGUUUUCUUUAUUUCAUGGGCAAUUGCGGCUGUGCCUUUGAUGACCAUCUUGGUUUCAAACGUGGGUGAUGAGCUAUAUGACACUUCAAAUAGAAUAAGUGAGUGGUUCAGUAAGUGGUUGUUUCAACCUGAUAAUGCAUAUGAGGAGAAGAAGGCGAUCAAGAAAGAAAUCAAAGAGGAGCGUAGUGAUGAGGUCACCAUCAACUCGAGUAUCUUGGCCCAGGAGCUAAGGGAUGACAUAGAUUUAUCGUUGCAUGAAUGUGGGGAAGAUGAUGCUGGGACUAGUUGGAAGGAGGAGGAACACCUUGAACGUGAAAUCCUGCAGUUGGAAGGAAGUGAGCUGUCAACCGGUGCAGCUAGUGGUCUGGCAACAAGUAUAAAGUCUUCAGAAUCUCUCAAGCUACGCAAAGUGCAAAAGAAGAUAUCGGAUAGGGCACGAAGGCAUUUAGAGGUGUUGAAGUAUUUGAAACAACUAAAGCCAUUGAUCUCCGAUUGUGUUACCAACCCCGAGAAAAAAUAUACUCUUAAGCAAUGGCACGCCUUUUUCGAAAUUCUCGAGCUUGAAGAGUCACCUGAGGAUAUCAUAGAGGAGAAAAAGUAUGACGGUUUUUGGUUGGGUGACUAUAGUCCACUACGACUUCCAUUGAGGGAACCUAAUUACAUGGUGUUGAAAGUAUACAACAAAAUAGAAGAAACUGUUGCUCAAUUAAUUGAUGAAGAAAUUGAUGAUUUGAAACUAAUGAAUAGUCACGAAGGGGAGACUGAACCGCCUGCUGUAUCCGAGAGGAAAGUGCAAUUUGAGGAGUAA